CCACUAGCCCAUUAAAAACCAAAAAUAACUAUUUUAAAAUCUUUUUGAAAAGUGGACAAAAAUUAAUUAAUAAUUAAUUAGGAACACUAAUUGAGUUUUCCCCUUUAUAUACACCACCAUCAAAUCUCUAUCUCGAUCAAAACAAUUGUCUACAUUCAUCUUCUUCUUCUUCAAACAAAAAAUGGGUUUCUUAAAGUUAUCUCCAAUGAUCCUUCUCCUAGCAAUGAUCGGCGUUUCAUAUGCCAUGGACAUGUCAAUCAUCUCCUACGACGAAAACCACCACAUCACCACCGAGACCAGCCGUAGCGACUCGGAGGUUGAGAGAAUCUACGAAGCGUGGAUGGUGGAACACGGGAAGAAGAAGAUGAAUCAAAACGGUCUUGGUGCAGAGAAAGAUCAAAGAUUCGAGAUCUUUAAAGAUAAUCUUCGUUUCAUCGAUGAACAUAACACCAAAAACCUCAGUUAUAAACUUGGUUUAACCCGGUUUGCUGAUUUAACCAAUGAGGAGUACCGAUCUAUGUACCUUGGUGCUAAACCGACCAAGAGGGUUUUGAAAACCAGUGAUCGGUAUCAGGCGCGUGUUGGUGACGCGCUUCCUGAUUCGGUUGACUGGAGAAAAGAAGGUGCCGUCGCUGAUGUUAAAGAUCAAGGAAGCUGUGGGAGUUGUUGGGCAUUCUCAACUAUUGGAGCAGUGGAAGGAAUAAACAAGAUUGUGACAGGAGAUUUAAUAUCUUUGUCUGAACAAGAAUUGGUUGAUUGUGACACAUCUUAUAACCAAGGAUGUAAUGGUGGUUUAAUGGACUAUGCGUUUGAGUUUAUUAUCAAAAAUGGUGGUAUUGAUACCGAAGCGGAUUAUCCUUACAAGGCUGCUGAUGGUCGUUGUGACCAGAACAGGAAAAAUGCUAAGGUUGUUACCAUUGAUUCAUAUGAAGAUGUCCCUGAGAACAGCGAGGCGUCUCUAAAGAAAGCUUUGGCUCACCAGCCUAUUAGUGUCGCCAUUGAAGCGGGUGGUCGCGCUUUCCAGCUCUAUUCUUCGGGUGUAUUUGAUGGACUUUGUGGGACGGAGUUAGACCACGGUGUUGUGGCUGUGGGUUAUGGAACCGAGAACGGAAAGGACUACUGGAUUGUGAGAAACUCAUGGGGAAACAGAUGGGGAGAGAGCGGAUACAUAAAGAUGGCACGUAACAUUGAAGCGCCAACAGGAAAGUGUGGAAUCGCUAUGGAGGCUUCGUAUCCGAUCAAGAAAGGUCAGAACCCACCAAACCCUGGCCCGUCACCACCAUCUCCCAUUAAGCCACCAACCACAUGUGACAAGUACUUCUCUUGCCCUGAGAGCAACACUUGUUGUUGUCUCUACAAGUAUGGUAAGUACUGCUUCGGAUGGGGAUGUUGCCCGCUCGAAGCUGCUACUUGCUGCGAUGAUAACUCAAGUUGCUGUCCUCAUGAGUACCCGGUUUGUGACGUUAACCGCGGAACCUGUUUGAUGAGCAAGAACAGUCCGUUUAGCGUGAAGGCUUUAAAGCGUACACCCGCAAUACCGUUCUGGGCAAAGAGCAGAAAGCACAUUGCGUAAGAAGAGGAAGACAAAAACAUUGAGAAUUCAUCAAAAGCAUUUUAUGUUGUUGUUGUUCAGAUUUAAAAAUUGCUGAUUCUGCUGCUGAGGUUUUCUGUACAUAUAAAACCUCUCCCUAAGUUUCAUUCAGUUUCAUCAUUGUUAAAGUAACUAACUCAGAACAAAUGGGUUUGGUUAUUAAUCUCUUUCAACUUAUCUAUUUAUCGCUCUAUUAUUGAUAAAUUUUCAUUUUCCUUUCUCACUUGAGUAUAUUUGGAUUCAAAUGUAGCUUUUCAGGACUCACAAAUUACCAUCUAGAUUUUCUUACGUGAAAGUACAAAAGCACCAAUAGCAGCUAAUAUGAAUGUUGAAAGUCAGGUUUUGCAUCAAACACCGAAGUCGUCAUUUUCAUCUUGGGACGAAAAACUUCAGAGUUAUAUCUUUAGGACCAUUGAUCUAUCCUUUUUUGUGAACUCAAAUGAGUGGCACUUGGAU